UGUGUGUGUGUGUGUGUGGUUUCUUUUUAAUUUGUUUUUUCGAGUUGGCGGUAAAGUCGAAAUUUACGUAUGUUUCUUUCAUGGACUAUAUAGUUGGCCAGUGACUGACCUCAGGAACCGCAGUCAGCUGAUACAAUAAUUACGAAUGAGAUUUGUUUGCGACUUAGUUUUCACAGCUGUUCACACUGUCAUUGUCAUGAUGUCGUCGCGAAGAUCGCUGGAGAUGUUCGAACGUUGUGAAAUUACAGGAUCCUGUGCCGCAGCUGUGUGAAACAUUUGCUCCCUAAAAACGUAGAGGGCAGUUGUUAAAAAAUUAAUAUAGGAAAAAUCAUUUUUAUUAUAUUACAGUCAAACCUCGUAUAACCCCCUUCCCUCACCCAACACACACACACAUACGCAAAAAUGGUAAAACUUUAAAAGCGGUGCAAGUGGAAUGUCCGAAUACUUUUUAUUUGAUGUCAGAUGCAAUGUACUUCGUUUCAUAUGAGUAUUAUUUUUAACGGGCGUUGCACGAAAUGCCCCGGGCUUUGGGAUUGACUUUAUUAUUUUAGUAAGAAAUUUUUAAUACAAAAAUAAUGUAACCUGUCAUUAUUAACAAAUUCGUCCAUUUAUGAUUUCUUGAAAUGAAGAGCUCAUUUAAAAGGGACUGAAACUUGUAUUUCCGGUUCAAGCAAACUCAGUUCCAGAGAUGUCCAAUGAACAAAGAGAACUAAUCUGACCCUGAUUCCAGUGAGAGGCUCUGAUCUGAGAAAGAACUGGUGUAGCCUAAGUGAUGGAUGCCUGAGAUGUCAACAAAGAAGCCAGCACAAAGGAAUCUAUGAGGAACAUUGAUCUGUGUUACAGUUUGCUCACAUGUGCUCUUAGGGCAGGUCUCUGCAUGUUGCCUCUGCUGCGCUACUGCAUGGUCCUGCCACUGCUUUUGGAUGGCGCCUCCUUGCUGGCGAGGGGAACCUCUAUGAAAACAGUCAUACAGACAGUAUUCCUCCCUGGUGACUGCAACUGCUCUGAACAUGAGGUGCUAGAUGGCUGGAACAGAAGUCAGACUUUUGAUGCCCUGACUGCUCACUUUGGGCCACACCCCUCCGAACAGAUUCUGGGCUUUGCUAUCCCGGUGUUCCCGCAUGAUGCCUGCGGACAAGUGGGUCAUGCUCCUGGCCUGAAUGAGACGAAUUUCUCACAGAUUGCUGUGGUCAGCAGAGGGAACUGCUCUUUUGAAACAAAGGUCCUCAAUGCUGAAAGAGCUGGCUUCCAAGCUGCCAUCGUCUAUGGUCUCCGAGGAGACGACAAGCUGGUUGAGAUGGAAAACUCGAGUGCUUCAGUAACUGUGUCCAUUCCAUCAUACUUUGUGAACUAUACCAGUGGUGUUUUGUUGUCCACUUUCUACCAGAAUAUGUCAAGGUCACCUCUGUUGUCCAUUCUGGGUCAGACGACCAGCAACAUGCACCCAACGACCUCCAACACGGGGGCAGGGCAGGAAGGUCACGGUCAUGGCAAGAAGGGUGACCAGGAGGAGGUGGAUUCAUUUGGGGAGCAUUACUUCCACAUCUGCAUCUACAUCUGGGUCUGUGUGGUGGUCAGCAGUCUCAUCGCUCUCUCUGUGAAAUGGGGAUGCUGUGGUCGGUCUUUGACAAGAUGGGAGGUCAAGAGGUUGCCCAUGAAGAGAUUCCAGAGGACAGAUGGAGACGACUGUCAAGACAAGUGCCCCAUAUGUCAUGAGGAGUUUCAUGAAGGUCGUUUUAUUCGACAACUCCCUUGUAAUCACUGUUACCACAGCUACUGUGUGGACCGCUGGUUGAUCAAGAUGUCCAACCGAUGCCCGCUGUGCAAGCAGCAAGUCUCCAUAAGCCUCUUCUGCCCUUGGAACAAGCAGCGGCGGAAAAAGGAAGUGCACAGCCAGAUCACUUCCGAGGCCGAUGCCGAGGCGGCUAUGGAUGACUCGCCUCCCCUACCCCCGCUGGCUACGCUCACGCCAUCUUCCUGGUACGGGGAGGCUAUCAUGUCGGCUCCCAGUAAGCUGAUCAUCAUGAGGCCGGGUAAACCGACCCGAGUCAUUGACCUUCAGGAGAGAGGAAGGGCCAACGAUGAGCAAGAUGUCCCUCCAACCAGGUCAGACUUGACGCCCGGCCAUAUUGAAACUUCGGGAAUUGUGGAAUCAAACUGCACAUGUGACCCGCGGGUGUUGAGUACUUGUAGUAUAGCAGAUGUGGAGAAUGUUUCUCUAAGGAAUUCACGGACACCAGAGUGUGUAGUGAGCGUCGGUCUAGAGUCAGACGACGUGUUCGGGGGCCCGUGUGAGUUGCCGCGGUCGUCUUCCGCCUCGUCGUCGCGGAGCUGCAGCGUGAGCAGCGACCAGCCCCUGCUGUUUCAUUCCUCCAGUGGGGAGCCGCGGGUCGUGCGGGAGCUGGAAUGCUGCUGUGGCGGUGCAGACCCUGCCUGGGCCGACAGACAGAUGAGGUCGGCUCCUGAAGGUUCGACGACGGGCGGGUGCGUCGUGUGUCAGGCGUGUGACGCGGCAGGACACAACGAUUCGUGCUGGGAGUCGGGUCUCGACGACGAUGACAACGAAAGGAAAUCUGGCGGCGUCCCUACGGCUUCCUCCUCCUUGUUCUCAUCAGAUUCCAACAACUCGGUGGAUGUGACGGUGGAUAUAUCUAGCGCAUCCAGCAGUGUGGUCUCCUGUAGUGUUGUCAGUGCCCUCCGCCCCGCUGCCUCGAAUGAGCCCUCGGCAGGGGAUGACAUCAUCAGUGGAGUUCCACUCUAUGCGGCUGCGAAUGUCGUUGUUGUCGACAGACCUCGUGAGCUGCCGCAAAAAGUACUAAACGCCUGGGAUAUCAACGAAGUGCUGGGAGGCUCUAGUUGUACUGCGAGUUCUCUCCAUCUGGUGGAGCAUUGAUGACAGCUGCGUGUUGGAUUAACACGGUAGAUAGGACUUUCACUCUGUUGGUUUGCUUAUGAAACUUCUGCGUAAAGCCUAGAGCAAUCCCGGCGUCUUACUUUUUUGGUUUUUCUCUGAAAUGAAACAUCGUCAAGUCAGAACAUCUCGAGACGUGCACGCAAGAACCACACUGACUUUCACAUGUUUGUUUUGUUUUAAAAAAAUGUGUUUGUGUGUGUGUGCAGGAUCAAAUGAUACAGAGCUUUGCAAUAUGGAUACAACCUCAUGGGCAUCUAUAUUAACGGGAUUGACCCUAGGCACAUACCUAGUUUAGACUGUAUACAGUUUGGUGUAAAAUCUCAAAUUGAUAUUCAGGAAGUCUGAAGACUGCAUGCUUUCAUCUUGUUGCCUUAUGUUGUCCAAAAUCUGAGUCUCUGGGAUCAAAGGAAGACAAUCUUGCUGCCCUUGUAGCCAAAUACAGUCGAAAUUGUAUCAGACGGUCACCUAUUGCGAGGAGAGAAGUGGUUGUCUUAGACAGAUAGACGUCAUAGACCGUGUCAUUAUAACACAAGAUCAAGACACUGGGUGGGAAAUGAUUGUCUUUGCUAGGUGGCCGUUACAGCAGGUGGUUGGACUGUAUGUUGGUUUACCCUUUUAUCAAAUGGUACAAAACUAAUAAUUGUUGCCUAUAGUUUUAUCGAGAUGUUUUCUUAUCUAGUUUGACAUAUCACUAUCUGAACGGGUAAAGACUUAACAUACUAAUCAUAAUUGUUAUCGGAUUUAUGUAUAAUAUGUAAUGAUGAAAGGGUUUAAAUGUAAUUAUAUAUUUUGAAAUUUUAUUAAUUACUUAAAAACUCCAGGGGGUCUAGUUUCUUGGCAGAUUUUACAUCUCAUUUUGUCAAUAGUGUGCUCUGAGAAAUGAAAGUCCACUGUUCUGUUUAGAAUUGUUUUUUGCUUUUCAGUUAAACAGAUUUUCAACUUUUUACCCUGUGGUUGGAUUAAUAGCUCACAGCAGUCUGUCUCUUACAGGCCAGUUGAAUAUCUCGACAAGAAGGCGAAGUAGAAUCACCGAAAAGCAAAAGUCAAGUUUAGAAUAAAUGCAAAUUAAUCGCUUUUGGGUGGGCAGUUCUUUUUCUGCUUUAAGAUAUUUUUCAAAAUUCUGUCUGUUUUUGUUUUCUUUCUCUUGUACAUUGGAAUAAUUGACAGUCUAGGUAGUUUCUAGAGCGAUAAAAUUGGUAAAGUACCAAAUGAGGUUGUUGGUCAGGUUAAACUAGAGGAUUAAUUCGGGUUAUUGGUUGUCAGACUGCAAAACUCUAGCUCAGACUGAAGUCCUGAAGUCAUUUAUGUGAUGUCAGCGACAUUUUGACUGAUUUGUAAUCUACUGAUUCUGGGUUUACUUGUUUAAAUGAUUGUAAGAGAAAAAAAUUUGAUGGUUUUCGUAUGCAUCAUUGGGAUGUGAUGUUUUGCUCUCGUGGAAAGACCUUAAACCAGCUGAUCUCAAUUUUCGUGUUUACUUCUUCCAACAGGUUUUGCUGUACCACCAGAGGCAUAUAUAUAUAAAUAUGAAAAGAAGAAUCUCAGGAGAAAAAUGGCAUAAGUCAUGAUUAAAAAUGUUUGCCUUUGAUUUGAAAUUUGAUCUGUUCUUUGAUAUGAUGUUCAUCAGCAACAGCUGUAGCCACAUACUCGUGACAUGUAUAUAUAUUAAAUUAUUGUACUUGGAAAGAACAGCAGAAGUCCAUUUGAACAUAUGAGAGAAAGGCAGUUGAUCUUAGUAUUGUCAUCCAGCUGUUCAGAUUUUCUAAUCUCAAAAUUUUGAAAAAUUUCUUAAAAUUGCAAUUUCUCAGUCUAUGGUGUGGGUUGCAUGUACUCAGGAAAUAUUAUGCUGAAAUUCAAAUUGUAAAUGGUGAAAAAAAAAAAAACAGAAAAAGAUACAUAAUGUAGGCCCUAUCAUAUAAUUCUUAAAA